CCGUUAACCAUUGAACGUGCGUGCGUUCCGGUUGCCGUGAUUUAUGACUUGGCCGUGAAACUUGCGAAAAAGAAGGAGGCCGCUCACUUAAAACCCGGGAACUAACAAACGAACGCUUCUUUUUUAGUGCCAAGUGCCAAGUGGCGGUGCGAAAAAGGAGUGAAAAACAGGACGAAAUUUUCUAGUGGUGUGGCAAACAGAGUGUUGCACAGCUGGAGGGAGGCAGGUUCUCUUCUAAUUCAACAUCGCUUGGAAGACUUGUGUGUGUGUUGCGGGCAGAAGCAGAAGGUAAUUCUGCUGGUGAGGCAGUUUCCCGCGAAGAAGAGGUUCUCUACAUAGUCGGAGUUUGAAUUUUUUUUGGACUGCAACAAACUAUCAUCAGUGAUGAACCACUCCCACGUGCCAACACAAAGUUUCCGGUGAAAGUCCAGCAGAGUCCAGCUCAGCUUCGUUAUCUCAUUGCGGCCACGCGCUCCCACGCACCUUUAGAAUGAACGAGGACACCCGCGAACUGGCCGCGGACAGCCGGUACUACUACUUCAUCCAUCCGCCGCGUCACCACCACCCACAUCCUAAUCCGACAACGGAACCACCCAACCACCACGAUGAUGGCCUGCCGUGGGACGACUUCUGGAACAACGACAUCGUUGCCAUCGUCACAAACAGUUCCACCACCGAGUCCCUGCUGACAUCGCCCGAGAGUGCGCUAUCGUCGUCGGAGCAGACCCAGCUGCUGCUGUACGACAUCUUCAUCCCCCUGCUUGGCGCGCUAAUCAUCGGGCUCAAUCUGGCCGUCGUCAUUUCCAGCUUGCUGCUGCUGCGAAAAGGUCAGCAGCCCUACACGACGUACCUGUUCCUGGGAAACGUGGCCGCGGCCGAUCUGCUCACCGGUUUCGCGGUCAUCUACGGCCAGUACGCGCCCCGGGAGAUCCGCGGCGAGGACAACUGCGCCAUACUGAUUGGAUUAAUAGUGUCAACCACGCUGGUAUCGGUGUACAGCGUGGGACUGAUCGCCGUCGACCGCUACCUGUACAUCAUGUACGGACUCCAGUACCAGCGCUACAUCACACCGGGCCGGGCGCGGUUACUAAUCGUCGGCACGUGGCUUCUCGGUCUCGUCGUCGGGUUCCUGCCCGCAUUCGGAUGGCGCGGUGACACCGAGGGCGGUCGCAUCUGCUGGUUCAUUCGGCUGGCCCCGCCCCCGCUGGUCAUCCUGACCACCGUCCUCGGCAUCAUUCCCGUCCUGGUGGUCAUCGUCCUGUACAGCAUCAUCCUGCACAAAGCGAUUCGACGGGUGGCGCAGCUGAAGAAGGCCUCCCGGGAGCAACAGGGCGCCUCCCUGGCCGGUAAUUUACGGCUGUUUCGUGGGGGUGGCGGGGGUCGAGAUGGCGGCGGAGGUGGUCAAUCAACCGAUACGGAACAACCGCUGGCCGUGGAAGAUCCAACGAGGAGGUCUUCGGCGGAAGGAAAAGCCUGCUGCGGUUGUUGUGGAAGACGGCCCAAGACGUCAUCCCCGCCGCGACGUGACACCACCACCACGGGAAAGAACCCCACCCGCCGCAAGGCCAUCAAGGUGGUCAUGCUGACGACGGGCUGCUUCGUCGUGACGUGGCUGCCAUAUUUCAUCGCCAGCACCAUGUUCGUCCUGUGCGAUCCCGCCACCAGCGAGGACCUCUGCCGGGGGCUGCAGUUUGCCAUCGCGAGCCCGCUGGCCAUCCUCGGGUUCACCAACAGUCUGCUGAAUCCCGUUAUCUACGCCUGGUGGCACCAAGGCUUCCGGAACGCGGCCAAGCGGCUGUGGGCCCGGGCCUGUCCGUGCUGCCAACGGCAGCGGCGGUCAAGCUAUAAAUCAUCGUCGCAAGAUUCGCAGGGCGGUCCGGUGCCGGCUCCCAGAACGACCACCACCACGACUUCGUCGUCGUCCGGUGAAGCUAGCGUUGGUGACCUGCCCCGCGGCUCAACUGUCACGACCUCGACCGGAGUCGUGUCUUUGCACCACGUGGAAGAACCAACGUCCACGUCUUUUCGAAGAAACAACUCCACCAACAGCAGCAGCAGCACCUUCAAGCCCGUCCCCCACCAUCGAUCGGCGGCCAGCAGUGACCUGGAAAAUCGAAUAACCACCGGAGCUACUCCACCGCCGCCGCCGGUGCCCAGCAUCCGGCAGAUGUCGUCCUCGACAACGACCAGACUGUGAGAGUCCGGAAGCGGAAGCGACCUGGGCCCACGUGGCAAUAUUACGUCGAAGCCAACGCGGGAUAUAAAUUGUGUGGAAAGCUCCUUCGAGCGCGAGGACCUCGUUCUUUGUUGUUGUAACCAAUCCCUGGAAUAAUAAAUUACUUUGGUAUAGAAUGUUGCUGCCGGGUGGGUUUGUACCAGGAAUGUC